AUGACGACACCGAUCCCCUUCUCGGAGCCCUCGUGGCUCAUGGGCCUGCCCUCGCCUUACUUCAAAGACACCCACAAGCGCUUCCAGGCCGCCAUCCGACCAUUCAUCCAGAAACAGCUUUCCGAGAACGCCAUCGCUUGGGACAAGGAGGAGACGAUCCCCGAACAUGUCUUUGGCGAGUUCGCCAAGGCCAACAUGCUCAUCCCGGCCCUCCCGGCGCCGCUGCCCGUCCAGUGGCUCAAAAAGCUGGGCAUCCACGAGCUGCCGGGCGGCGUCAAGGUCGAGGACUUUGACUACCUCCACUCGUACAUCUACGUCGACGAGAUGAUCCGCUCCGGCCUCGCCGGCCCCGGCGGCAGUCUGACCACCGGCAUGGCGUUUGGAGUGCCUCCCAUCAUCAAGUUCGGCAACAAGCAGCUGCAGGACCGCUUCCUGCCCGAUCUCUUGACCGGCAAGAAGCGCUCCUGCAUCGCCAUUACCGAGCCUGACGCCGGCAGUGACGUUGCCAACAUCACCACCACCGCCGUCAAGUCUGCGGACGGCACGCACUGGAUCAUCAACGGCACAAAGAAGUGGAUCACAAACGGCAUCUGGGCCGACUCGGCCUCCAUGGCUGUCCGCACCGGGCCCGAGGGCUCCGGUGCCGCUGGCCUCUCCAUGAUUGUCGUCCCCCUGAAGGGCUACCCAGGCGUCAACAUGCGUCGCCUCAAGGUCCAGGGCCAGGUCUCCGCCGGCACCACCUACAUCGAGCUGGACGACGUCAAGGUGCCCGUCGAGAACCUGAUUGGUGUCGAGGGCAUGGGCAUGCGCUACGUCAUGACCAACUUCAACCACGAGCGCCUGACAAUUGCUGCCGGCACCACCCGCCAGGCCCGCGUCGCCCUCUCCGCGGCCUUCGAGUACGUGAUGAAGCGCGAGGCGUUCGGCAAGCCCCUGGUGGACCAGCCCGUCGUGCGCCACCGCCUGGCCAAGGCGGGCGCCCUGCUCGAGUCCCAGUCUGCGUGGGUCGAGCUGUUUGCCUACCAGAUGACGCAGCUCGCCAAGGACGACGCCGACCGGGAGCUCGGCGGCCUGACUGGCCUUCUCAAGGCGCAGGCUGGGAUAGUGUUCAAGGAGUGUGCAGACACUGCGAUGCUCUUGUUUGGCGGCAAUGGGUACACCCGCAGCGGCCAGGGCGAGCUCAUUGAAAUGCUCCACAGAGAAGUCCCCGGCACCAGGAUCCCUGGUGGCUCAGAGGAUGUCAUGCUGGAUCUCGCCGUGAGACAGCUUGUCAAGCUGUACAAGGCCAAGACGAAGGCUCUGGAGGCGGGUGCCAAGAUUUAG